AACGCCGCGACUCACACACUGUAGCAAAGCAGAAACGAACGUGACUGCGGGAAAACACGUUCCUGAGAUCAUUUCACAUUUACGCGACAGACUGAAUAUUGUCGGGACGAGAGUUGGCAUUUUUUUUAAAUCCAACAUGACUUCGUCAAUGCCUCAGAAGCGAUACUACAGGCAGCGAGCCCAUUCUAACCCGAUGGCUUACCACUCGUUUGACUACCCCGUGUGUCCGGAGGAAAUGGACUGGUCCUCCCUGUAUCCAGAACCGCCUGAAAAAGAGACGCCACGAGUGGAGUUCGCAGACAUUGGAUGUGGAUACGGGGGACUUUUAGUGGAGUUAUCUCCACUUUUCCCAGACAAGCUCAUCCUGGGCCUGGAGAUCCGGGUCAAAGUUUCAGAUUAUGUUCAGGAUCGUAUCCAAUCUCUGCGUGCCACUGAGCCUGGAAGCUAUCAGAACAUCGCCUGCCUUCGCAGUAACGCAAUGAAGUAUCUCCCCAACUUCUUCUCCAAAGGACAGCUCAGUAAGAUGUUCUUCCUCUUCCCUGACCCUCACUUUAAGAAGACCAAGCACAAGUGGAGGAUCAUUAGUCCCACGUUGUUGGCAGAGUAUGCCUACACGCUGAGAGUCGGGGGUUUGGUGUACACCAUGACCGAUGUGGAGGAAGUUCACCUCUGGAUGGUGAAGCACUUCUCGGAACAUCCACUGUUUACACGCGUCUCGGAUGAAGAACUGGUUGGGGACAUCAUCGUCAAUCGUUUGGGCACAUGUACAGAAGAAGGAAAGAAAGUGCUGAGAAACGGAGGGAAGAAUUUCCUUGCCGUUUUCCGGAGGAUCGAGAAUUCAAACUAGGACCAAACGGUUUGGACACGCUGGAAGCUGGAAACUGGACUAACGGUCUCAUGCAGUCACUCAGACAUGAAUUGCAUGGAUGAUAUCGCUCUGUGGAAAUAGAGGCUGUGGCUUGUUCCCCAAACAGAUGAAAAGUGAUGGUUGUUGUAAUUUUUUGGGGUUUAAUGAACAAACAUUUGCGACAUUUCCUGACAGGAUUUGUUUUGAAGUUUGUCACAUAGAUUAUUCUCCUCAUAACAAGACUGCACCAAGACAGUCAAUCAUAAGAGGAUAUGUAUUUGGACCAGACCCGCAAACUCUUUUAGGAGCUUCUUUUAAUUAUUGACUUUUUUUCUUCUUUUUUUUAACGGUGACCUUUAGUUUCUUUUGCAAAAAUUGACAAUGCUGUUUUGGAUUUCCUGUAAAGCUGUAACUUCAGUGAUUUCAGUAAAUCUACUUGACUGUCCAUUUACACUGUUUAUAAAUGAACAGAAAAAAAAGUUGCCUUGUGUGCUGUUUUUCUCAAGAAACAGAUUUGAGCAAGUUUGCUACAAAAAAAACUUCAGCAUUUGUUUUAAAAAAAUCUGUCCAUGCCCAAGAUGAGUUUAGGUUGAACUGAGCAGUCUUUUCAAAUCAUCCUCCAUGUGACAGAGCCUUUUUGGUUUUUUCAUUCAUUUGAAGGGGUUUUUAAAAGUUCCGUGUGAGGAUAUAACUUGAACUUCUCUGUAUUCAUUUGCAGUGUUGGUGGCUGAUUAUACAAUAUGUUACUCUGGGAAGUUUUCCAACAAUCUACAGUAUAUGUUUGCUUAUUGGGUCAUUGUCUGGUUUAAAGAUAAACCAGUUUGCUGCAGCUGAUCCAGUCAUGUUUAAAGACCCUUGAUAAUUAUAAUUCUCUCUUAAUUCACUCAUUUAAAACCAAGUACUGACCCCAACUGAUGUUGAUGCAAUGUGGGACAUGCUGAUAAAAGACACAGCACAUUAUCUGUCUGGUACCAUCUUCUAGACGUGUCUGUUGAGGUUCUGUGUGAAGUUCAAGUCAUGACUAUGAUUUUUUGCGUAUAUUACAGGUUGGUAAUUUUGUCUGUCAGGAGUUUAGAAACAGGACAUUGCAGGUUUGACGCCCUUCUACUGCUGCAGGGGGUGGUGAUUAAGAACAGGACAGCACAUGCCCCGAUGACAGAAAUCCAGACACUGGAACGUUGCAGAGUAAUUGAAGCAGUCAUAAACUAAAAAUUUUGUGCUGUCCUGUGCUUUAAAUUAAUUAUGGAUCAUUUCAUUUUAGUGUCCUUUGCUUAGGUUAUGUGCAUUCGACCAUUAAUCUGCCUUUUUUGACGGGAUAUAUCCAAUACAAUUUACCAAAUCAC